AUGUCUAGCAAGCAUGAAGGUGUGACUUGUAACGGAUGUUCACGAAGAGACUUCAGGUUUAGGCGAUAUAAGUGUCUAAUUUGUCGUGACUAUGAUCUUUGUGGGACCUGUUUUGAUAAUCAACAAGAAACUGAAAAGCAUUUAAAUUCUCAUCCGAUGCAAUGUUUGAUCACUAAAGCAGAUCAUAAUGUAUUUUACUGUGGUGAGAGCUCAACUAAAUAUUCUGUUCAAAGUUUCACUUGUUCAGUAUGUGGCCAGUUAGGCUUUACAGAGUCGUCUUUAUCAAGUCAUGUUUUUACUCAUCAUCCUAAUGCUAUUGAUUCAGAAGUACUUUGUCCAUUUUGUGCAAUUCAAACAGAAGGUGAUCCUAAUCGUACUACACAUGAUAUUGCAAGUCAUUUUAAAAGUGUUCACAACCUUCAACCUCCCGUCAAUGGUAACACCAUUCAGUCAUCACAGUCUGUCAAUAAUCACCCUAAAACUUCAGUCUCUGAAGUUGUUAGCUUACGUACACGACUUAGGAAUCAGUCUGUCAGCUAUGAUCGGCUUAAAAAUGUCAACAACAUUAAUGCUAAUACUAUCACUUCACAAUACCAUUGUUCUUCAGCAGAUAGAUCAUGUUGUCACAAUCAGCAUAGUAUAAGUUCGAAUCAUAACAUAUCACAUUCAUUGUCAUCGAAUUCACGUUUUACUUCUGGUUGCAUAGUAGCAAUGAAAAACUACUUAGAAAGUUAUGAAAUUAAUAAAAAUGUUUGUCAUAAUGAUGAUACUAAUGGAUUACUUGACCAACCAACUGACUUAUUGUUACAUAACAAGAAUGAAAUAACUAGAAUUUCUCCUACUGCCUUACAUUAUGAACAUGAUAUUAACGCACUGAAUUCACAAUCCGAAUUAAACAAUGAUGUUGGCGAUAUGAACAAUCGAAGUCCAGUGGUCGAAACUCCGGGAAAUACAAGCCAUUGUACGUCAACUGCUUCUGUUAUUCAAAACUCAGGACCCACCGACAGUCCUUCUUUUACCGAGAAUGUGGCUACUACUGGUCAUCAGGCUGUUAAUCCAACGAUUGAUUCCAACUCUAACUUGGAAUCUUUCACUUCGGAAGUAUUUGACCAUAAAGUGAAAUCAAUAAAUCCUAAUUCUUCAAACCAUUCAAAGUCAUUAUCGGAAGAUUUACAUAUAAAGUCAAGUAAUGAUGAAAAAUCUAAAGAACCAAAUAAAAAACACGUCUUUAAUUCACAUUGUAUGAAUGAUUCCCGAUCAGCAUUACCAUCUGUUGUCAACCAAGAUGAAUGGGAUAUCGAUUGGCACAUAUUUUUGAAUGAAUUAAUUUGGUCUAGUUUGUGUAGUAAUGAAGUCUUAUCGAAUGAUACCUGA